UUCUUUCUGUAUAAUUUAUACAAUUUCAUUUCGACUUACAGAUGUACUCGUGUUCACGGUUGCCACAAAUGAGACCGAUGGGUACAGAAGGUACCUCAGAUCAGUCAACGUAUACGGAUUCCGGGAUAACUUGAACGUCCUCGGUAUGGGGAAACCUUGGCUGGGUGGCAACGUCAAGCUUUACGUGGGUGGAGGAUACAAAGUGAACCUCUUGAAAAAGGCUUUGGAGCCUUACAAGGAUGACGAUCAGAGAAUCGUGUUGUUUACAGACAGCUACGACGUGAUAUACCUGGCCGGGUUGCCCGAGAUCAUCCAGAAGUUCAAGAGCAUGAACGCGAGAGUUCUGUUCGCCGCGGAGGGAUCCUGUUGGCCGGAUAAAUCUUUGGCUUCCAAAUAUCCUCCAGCGAAUGGUGCCAAGCGUUACCUGAAUUCCGGCGGGUUCAUUGGCUACGCGUCAGACAUCUACGCGUUAUUAACGCACACUCCUAUAAAAGACAAGGAGGACGAUCAACUGUUUUACACUUUGUUGUACCUCGACGAAACAAUGAGGGACCGUCAUAAGAUCAAAUUGGAUCACAAGUCGGAUAUAUUCCAGAAUCUAUACGGCGCCGUGGCCGACGUGGAACUGAAAUUCGAGAGUGGAAAGGCUUCUCUGGUGAAUACUGUUUAUAAAACUGAACCAUUGAUACUUCACGGAAACGGUCACAGCAAGUUGGCGUUGAAUUCUUUGGGUAAUUACUUGGCCAACGCGUGGAGCCCAGAAGAGGGUUGUAUAACUUGCUGGGAAGGAACGAUCGAAUUGGAUAAAACGCUACCGGAAGCCUAUCCGAUUAUAUUAAUCGCUGUCUUCAUCGAACGACCGACUCCAUUCUUGAACGAAUUCUUGACCAAGAUAUAUGAUCAAGCAUAUCCAAAAUCCAGGCUACAUUUAUUUAUUCAUAACAACGUGGAGCAUCAUCAAAAGACGGUUGACGAAUUCUUAGAAACAGUCGGCAUGAAGUAUAAUAGCAGCAAGCAGAUCUCAGCGAGCGAUGGUAUAAGCGAAGUCGACGCGAGAAACUUGGCAAUGACCUACUGCUUAUUGAAGGAGUGCUCCGGAUAUUUGUCCAUCGAUUCCAUUUCCCAUUUAGACAACGUGCAUACUCUGAAGCUUCUGGUGGAACAGCAACGAGGAAUCGUGGCUCCGUUAUUAGUCAGACCGUACAGAAUGUGGAGCAAUUUCUGGGGCGCAAUAAUGGACGACGGGUUCUACGCGCGAAGCUUCGAUUACAUGGACAUCGUGAAAAACGAGCGCAGGGGACUGUGGAACGUGCCGUUCAUCAGCAGCUGUUACUUGAUCAACGCGACGUUACUUGGAAAUCCGAAAACGCGGCCGUCCUACGUCGAGGACGACCUGGACACGGACAUGGCGUUCGCUUACACGAACAGGGAACGAGCUAUUUUCAUGUACGUGAGCAACAGGCUAGACUUCGGGCACCUCGUCAACCCGGACAGCUACGACGUCACCGUGACCCAUCCGGAUUUGUAUCAGAUAAUUGAUAACAAGCUGGACUGGGAGAAGAAGUACAUACACGAAAACUACUCGGAGAAUUUUAAUCCCAAUAAAACUCCCAUUCAGCCUUGCCCGGACGUGUACUGGUUCCCUAUAGUCAAUGAAAAGUUUACAAAAGAGCUCAUAGACGUUAUGGAAUCGUUCGGGAAAUGGUCCGACGGAACGAACAAUGAUCCGAGAUUAACAGGUGGCUAUGAGAACGUGCCAACCCGUGAUAUUCACAUGACUCAAGUAAAAAUGGAGCCUCAAUGGCUGUACUUUUUAAAGGAGUACGUUAGACCGCUUCAAGAGCUCGUGUUCCUCGGAUAUUUCCACGACCCACCACGAUCGUUGAUGAACUUCGUCGUGAGAUAUCGACCGGAUGAGCAACCGUCGUUGAAGCCACACCACGAUAGUUCUACUUACACCAUUAACAUAGCGUUGAACAAAGUGGGCGUCGAUUACGAGGGCGGAGGGUGCAGAUUCAUUCGGUACAACUGUUCCGUGACGGGCACGAAACCCGGCUGGAUGUUGAUGCAUCCCGGCCGGUUAACUCAUUACCAUGAAGGGCUUCGAGUCACUAGCGGCACUCGAUACAUCAUGAUUUCGUUCGUCGACCCUUGAUUCACGCAACGAAUUCUAGAAUGCUGUUAAAUGCGAUUCCAAAAAGUAGAUGUAAGAUCGUACAGCUCCGGCCUCAUUGAACACUGUUAACAGAGUAUUCACACUACGACUCCUAUAAAACCUGUGAUUUUCAAUGACAACAGAUUCUGCGGCCAAUCUAAAACUCAUGUGGUCGUUUAUAUGUAAUGUAAAGUGAACCAUGAAGAUCGCUGCAAGAUCUGCCUUUAAUCUACUUUCAAUCUGCAAAUUUGUCUAAACGUACACCAGUGUCAUUGCAGAUUUUUUAACAGAUGCAUUAACAAUUAACGAUUAAAUUUGUCUAAGUAUGAAUCGAUGAUUAGAGUACUCAUUAU